GCGCUCGACUCUGCCUUCGACCACAUUGCCGCGAUGUCUCUCCCCGUUGUCACCAUAGACGUCGACUAUGAAGAUGAGAAGGGGAAAAUCCAGGACUUCCUGUCCUCCUUCGUCAGUCAAGACAAGGACAUCGCGCGCGGUAUUGCGGACAUCAACAUCAACAACGAUGAUGAUGCACCGAUACCUGGGAGGAAUUUGAAGUAUAUGGAGCAAUUGCAACGAAUUGCGAACCGUGAACAAGAAAUGUUGAUCAUAGACCUUGAGGACAUCUCAGAGCAUCAAAAGACGGUAUCAGAACUCGUUUCACGGAUCAUCCGCAAUACGCGUCGAUAUGUGAUGCUCUUCAGCGAGGCUGUCGACGGCCUCAUGCCGGUCCCGACCAAGGACAUCAGCGAAUUCGACGAGGUCAUUGACGUUAUACUACAUCAACGACGAGAGAGGAAUGAGAGGUUAGAGGGAAAUCAGGCGGGCUUCCCAGAGCAUCUACUGCGACGAUACAACCUCUACUUCCGCCCUUUACGUUCAGAUAUCGCCAUGGCCGUGCGUGAAGUCAAGGGCACGCACUUGGGCAAGCUGAUCACUGUCCGUGGCAUCGUCACGCGUGUGUCGGAAGUCAAACCACUGCUCAAGGUCAAUGCGUACACAUGCGAUGUCUGCGGCUCCGAGACGUUCCAGGAGGUCUCUAGCAAGCAAUUCACGCCCAUCUUCGACUGCCAAAACGAGUCGGAGUGUAAAAAGAACGGAAUUCAUGGCUCACUGCAUAUGCAGACACGAGCAUGUCGCUUCAGCCCUUUCCAAGAAGUCAAAAUUCAGGAGAUGGCCGAUCAAGUGCCUGUUGGUCAUAUUCCGCGAUCCAUGACAAUACAUGUCCACGGUAGCCUCACCCGCCAAACGAGUCCCGGUGACGUUGUCCACCUCGGUGGCAUCUUCCUACCCAUCCCGUAUACCGGUUUCCAAGCUGUGCGCGCCGGUCUCUUGACAGACACGUACCUGGAGGUGCACCAUAUUCACCAACUGAAGAAGCAGUACAGUGAGAUGGAGAUCACACCCGAGAUCCAACGACAGAUCAUCCAGCUCAAGGACGAUCCACAGUUAUACAUUAAGCUCGCCCAGAGCAUCGCGCCAGAAAUUUACGGUCACCUGGACGUGAAGAAGGCGUUACUGCUCUUGAUGGUGGGCGGCGUGACGAAGACGCUAGGAGAUGGUAUGAAGAUCCGUGGCGACCUCAAUGUCUGUCUUAUGGGAGACCCGGGUGUGGCAAAAUCGCAACUGCUAAAGUACAUCUCCAAAGUCGCACCGCGAGGAGUGUACACCACUGGCAAGGGUUCUUCCGGCGUUGGUCUCACAGCGGCGGUCAUGCGAGACCCUGUUACGGACGAGAUGGUUCUCGAGGGCGGCGCCUUGGUUCUCGCCGAUAAUGGCAUCUGCUGCAUUGAUGAGUUCGACAAGAUGGACGAAUCCGACCGGACAGCCAUUCACGAAGUGAUGGAGCAGCAGACGAUCUCGAUAUCGAAAGCAGGUAUCUCCACAACACUCAAUGCACGAACAUCGGUUCUUGCAGCUGCAAAUCCGCUGUACGGGAGGUACAACCCGAAACUCUCUCCAGUCGAGAACAUCAAUCUGCCGGCCGCCCUGCUGUCGCGUUUCGACUUACUCUUCCUGAUCUUGGAUAAACCGACGCGGGACGACGAUGAACGGCUCGCUCAGCACGUCACCCAUGUGCAUAUGUAUAACACUCAUCCAGAGCUAGACUACGACCUAGUCGAUCCCACCCUCGUCCGCCACUAUAUUGCACUGGCCCGACAACACAGACCAACGGUCCCACCAGAAGUGUCUAACUACGUGGUCGAGUCCUAUGUUCGACUACGCAAGGUGUCCAAGGACGACGAGGAACAGAAGAAGUCGCACACGUACACGUCCGCGCGUACGCUGCUCGGUGUACUGCGACUUGCACAAGCUCUCUGCCGUCUGCGGUUCUCAGACCGGGUAGACCACGAGGACGUGAAUGAGGCGCUGCGACUGAUGGAGGUGAGCAAGGAGAGCUUGAACGAGGAUGAAGACGAGGAGCGGGACCAGGAUCGGUCCGCCACCAGCAAGAUCUAUCAUCUCAUUAAGGAUAUGGCGGCGGACAGGAGAGCAUGCGGCAAGAGCAAACGCCGCAAGCGGAGGACGAAGCGGUCAAGAAAAGGUGCCAGGGGCGAGAACGACAUGGACGUCGAUGAUGAACCGGAGAGCUCGGACGAGGAAGAGUCAGAUGAACUGUCCAUGAUAGAUAUCCGUGCUCGUGUGCUGAGAAGCGGUUUCACGGAGGCGCAGCUUAUGGAGACGAUCGUACAGUAUGAGGACAUGGACGUGUGGACCCGGGUUGCUAACAACUCGAAACUGCGUUUCGUCGAUUCUAUGGACGAAUGAUACUCGUUGCUGUAUUUUGCGUACUUUCCUGUCUUGCUGUGUUUUUGAAGGGUCGCUCUGCUGUCUG